AUGUCUUCACAAGAAAUCUCGGACCCACAGGAAUCAACGCAAAAAGUACUGGUUCGACAAGCCCUCGAAGCUAACAAAAGGCUCCAACAGAUUCUCAUUGAGAAGGCCCAUAGGAUUGAAGCAGAACUCGCACAUGCGGACAAGCUUCUGCUAGCACAGAUGACGGCUCUGACGACCCACACGUUGACGUGGAGAUUCCUGGUGCAAAAAAAGCUGCUGGACUCUCCUUUCUUUGCGGAGGCUUCGCGAAGGUUGCAAUAUAUGAAUAGUAUAACCGCUCAUCCUAUGAGGGGGAAAGAGUUGGAUUCGCUAGCGGAGGCGGUAAGGCGCGAAAAUCAGCGCCUACAAGCGUACAUAUCUCGUGGGGGCGGCUCUGUUCAGAUCGACUUGGAAAGAAACGUCGAAGGGCUCGACUGGUCUCUCAUAGCGGAAAAGGUCUCUGAUGUAUCGAAAUUCAAGUACACAGCUGACGAGUGUCGCAUUCGUUGGCUUGGCGACAGACAUCCGCAAAUUAACCAUAACGAAUGGACGGCAUCUGAGCUAAAAAACCUAGGGGUUCUUGUUUCCACUUAUCGCGACAAAUCCAGCAAGGUAGAUUGGGUCGAAGUCGCUGCAAAGCUUGGUACGAAUCGUACACCCAUAGAUUGUAUGAGACAAGGCCUUCCUCGUCAACGUCACGGCUGGACUGCCGAGGCUGAUAAGAAGCUUCUUGACGCUGUACAAUUGUUCGGUAUCGAUAAUUGGAAUCUUGUUGCAAGGCACGUCUCAGAGCAUGCAACUGGUGUUCAGUGCCAAACGCGAUAUCGUAAAUCGCUUGAUCCUUCCAUUAAGAGGGGUGCUUGGACACAAACGGAAGACGAACGGCUGAGAAAAGCCGUCGCAGCAUAUGGGAACGCUUGGAUGAAAGUUGCUGAAGCCAUGCCUGGCCGAACAAAUGACCAGUGUCAUGAGAGAUGGACUGAAAAGUUGAACGUGUCAGCCACCGCUAUGUCCUGGACCGAAGACGAAGAUCGGGUUCUGCUGGAGUCCGUCAAGACUAUGGGAAAUCAGUGGAAAGCUAUUAGUGUGAAGAUCGGUAACGGCAAAACUGGGACAAAUUGCCGCCUCCGCCAUGACAAAUUGAAGAAGCUUGCUGCAAAGGAGAAGGUUCCGGAGCAACCAUGUGCCAGACCCUCCACCUCAUAUACCCCUCCCGACGUGCAACCUUCAUGUUCAAUUGCGAAUGCCAUCCCAACCCCUGACGCCGAUAGCACUGCAGCUGUCGCUCCGAAGCCCAAACCAAAAGCUAUAGGUAAAGGGAAGGGUAAAGCAGUUGUCCAAACCUCAAUCCUUGUUGUUCCUGACAACUCCGAUGAGGCAUCCGUAACACCUGCUGGUGCUAGCGAGAUGCCAGCCGCCACCCUCAAGAAAGGAAGGAAGCGAACCGCAGACAAUGACCAACCUGCUGCUCCGACCAAAAAGAAGAGGAAGAUCGAAAACCUUGCCCCUACCGAGGGAGAAACUUUGAUUGUUGGUAGGCCAGAAGAACUAGGUCCGUCUCAAGUCAGCACCACGGCUACAAAGCGACCAAGGCCGAGGCCUAUCAAGAGGGGAAAGGGAAAUCAAGGCGGCCUGACGGGCCCGUUGCCAGACACUAACAUGUCGCAAGACUCGCCUCAAAAAUCUUCUGUCGAUGCUCCAAUGAUGGUUGACACUGCAAAGUCGUCCAAUGCGAGCCUGACAAUUGCACCUGAGCCCCCAGAGGUGGGGACCAAGCUUACAGCAAAGUCAAGAGCGCGGACUCGAAAAACGGUUCCAGAUGUUGCUCCUCAAGACCCCGUUCCACCAAAGAAGACGAAUAAGAGGGUAGCAAACGUGCCCAUAUUGGGAUCAAGGCGAUCUUCACGCCUUGCUUCGCAAGUCACGGAAGUGGCAUCGUCUAAUAGCAUUCAACUAGCUACUACAUCUGAACCUAUCGGAGUAAAUUCUACCACAGGGCAGCCAACGACGGUUCAACCUGCCACCGGAGAUAUAGCCCUUCCGCAUGCAAAUCAGGGAGAUAUGUGA